AUGAGAGAAGCUACAUGCAGUUAUAGGGAGUGGAAAUAUAUGGGGAGCUAGCUAUAGGGGUGUUGAUAUGGGUUUAAUGUUAUUGUCCUUGGGGCUGGCCCGGGGGCUAGUAGUUCUCCUGGGUGUAGUUAUCCCAGGGGGAGAUUAUCUUGGGGUACUGUAUUAUUCCUGAUUGGGUGAUUGCCCUGGGGCCCUGCCCUAGCUGGGGGAUCGGGACGGAUGUACCGUACUAUGUCGAGGCGCGCCCAUAUGAGAUCGGGGACGUAAACGGUGUCGACGAUCGGUGGGCGGUGAGUUCUGCCAUUAUUGUAGCAUUUUUCAUUAUAAUCAUGGAGCAAGAAAGUAGACAAGUUUGCGUCAUAUUAUGGUGUUAUCCCCGUACUCUCUCAACCGUAUUUACGAAAUGUUUGAGUUUUAUCAAGGACAUUGAAGUUUGGUUUGAACCUUUCACUUACUGCGAUAUUCCUAACAAUCUCUACCGAGCGGACACUGGCAAGGACCUUCCCCCGGAGUACACGGCUGAGAAUGCAGGCGAGUUUGCGGCUGCUGUCAGAUUGUUUGUGGAGCAGCUGGGUGUUUCGCCGUCAAGCAUUGAACCUGAGCGCAUUGCAUAUGGUAGUGUGAAACAACGCCUGGAUUCAACGCAGAGUAAAUUCGUCCUUGUCAAAGACAUGGCUGUUGCAUUGCGGGACGAGACUCUACGCAAGUACAUACCUUCCGGAUAUCAGCACGUGUUUCUCAUUCGAGAACCAAUGUCUGCUUUCCAUUCCUAUCGCAAAGCUUGCAUCAUCCGCGAUAAACCGAAAGAUGAAGAGUUGUACGAUGUCGUGAGAGACGAUGCCUAUCUGACUGCUGAUGAAUUCUUUCCUAGCCUUCACAGCUUGUGGAAGUACGUCCGGCAUAACAUUGACCCGAACCCAAUGGUCAUCAACGCAGAUGACCUGAAGACCGACCCUGGAGCCGUUCUCAAGAAGUUUUGCGCAAAGACGGGACUUCCUUACAGUGAUUCGUUGCUACGCUGGGAUGCUUCAACCAAGGUUGUAAAAACCUGGAAGGCUUGCCGGGAAACGCUACUCCAUGAUGUACCAAUAUUUUUCCUCGAUGCUGCGACGUCAAGUGAGUUUGUGGCUUCAGCAAGUAAACCUGUUACCCGGGAAGAACUCACGGAAGAUGUCCUUAGACUGGUGGAUGCUGCCUUACCACUUUAUCAGGAGAUGAAUGAAUAUAAAGUUUGAACAUUGAUUGAUUUCAAGUUCAGUGUUCACAUUUUUUUGUUGGUGUUGGGCCAAUUUUGACUUUGUUGUUGAUGUUAAAAGUAUAGUUAUUCUUUACUUAAUGUAUACAGCUGAUAUCAAUAAUGAUUGAUGAUUACUGCGAUGCCAGAAGAUUCAUUAAAAAAUGUAUUUAUGCUGCACUCUUGUACUAGCUAGUAUCUUGUAAUAAAACUGAAAUAAUUCUAGGAAAACACUCA